CACGACUGACAUAACUCAAACAACAACUGAUCUUGGACCAGGCUACGGACAGGACAUAUGUUUCGUGGUCUACUGUGAUUGGUCCAGCCACACCGUCUGUUUGUCCAAUAGCGGGUAGACAUCUGUUCGCUGGAGCAACUCUAAAAUAUUCCCCUCUCUUCCUCCUGCACAGUCUAUUUGCUGUCCUGCCCGGCGACGCUCCUGCAGAGCUGCUGAAAGUUGAGCUGAAAAUGGGGAAAACGCAAGUCUUAGGGGUAAUUGCAGUAAUAUUAGCAGUGUACUGUGUACAUGCGAAGAUUUACUUUCGGGAAGAGUUUCUGGAUGGUGAUGAAUGGAGAAGUCGCUGGGUGAACUCCAAGCACAAGUCAGACUAUGGGGAGUGGAAACUCACGGCUGGCGACUUCUAUGGCGAUGCAGAGAAAGACAAAGGUCUGCAGACAAGCCAGGAUGCACGUUUCUAUGCCGUCUCUGCCCGUUUUGAUUCUUUCAGCAAUGAGGGUAAGCCUUUGGUCAUCCAGUUUACAGUCAAGCAUGAGCAGAAAAUCGACUGUGGUGGUGGAUACGUGAAGGUCUUUCCUGCGGACUUGGAACAGACUGAAAUGCAUGGAGAAUCCUCUUACUACAUUAUGUUUGGCCCUGACAUUUGUGGCUACAGCACCAAGAAAGUUCAUGUAAUUUUUAAUUACAAAGGCAAGAAUCAUCUCAUCAAGAAAGAGAUUAAAUGCAAGGAUGAUGAGCUGACCCACCUGUACACACUAAUCCUGAAUCCAGAUCAGACCUAUGAAGUAAAAAUCGACAAUGAGAAGGUGGAAUCUGGCAGUCUGGAGGAGGAUUGGGACUUUCUGCCCCCUAAGAAAAUUAAGGACCCUGAAGCCAAGAAGCCAGAGGAUUGGGAUGACCGUGCCAAGAUUGAUGAUCCCAGUGACACCAAGCCUGAGGACUGGGACAAGCCCGAGAAUAUUCCAGAUCCUGAUGCUAAGAAGCCUGAAGACUGGGAUGAGGAUAUGGACGGAGAGUGGGAGCCACCCAUGAUCCCCAACCCAGAGUACAAAGGAGAAUGGAAGCCCAAGCAGAUUGAUAACCCCAACUACAAAGGAGCCUGGGUGCAUCCUGAAAUUGAAAAUCCUGAAUACAGCCCAGACUCGAACAUCUACAAGUUUGACAACAUUGGUGUUUUGGGUCUUGAUCUUUGGCAGGUGAAAUCUGGUACAAUCUUUGACAACUUCCUGAUCACAGAUGACGUGAAAGAGGCAGAAGAGAUUGGAAAGGAGACAUGGGGUGUGACAAAGGAGCCAGAGAAAAAAAUGAAACAGGAGCAAGAUGACCUGAAACGAAAAGAGGAGGAGGAGAAGAACAAAGAACAGGACACUGAAGCUGCUGCUGAUGAAGAUGAAGAGGAGGAGGAAGAGGAGGAGGAGGAAGAAACACAAGAAGACACAGAUGAGGCACUUUCAGAAACGGAUGAAGAAGAUGCAAAGCCUAAAGAUGAGCUUUGAAGGGGUGUUGGCAUAGAAUUUCUCUUUUUUUUUCUUUUUUUUUUUUUUUGGGUGCUCCCUCAGGAACUGUCCUAUAUUUCCCAGGGGUAUUGUGGCUGCUGUGCAUCCUUUCCCUGAGAUUUGGACACAACCCAGCUAAAGGGUGAUUUGCAGUAGAUUGGAAGGGAGGGGGGGCAAAUGGUUUGUAACAUACUUGGGGUCUUUCAUUUUGAUCUUGUUAACCCUGAACUGCUGAAUUAAUUCUAAGGUUUUCCACUCAAAGUACAUUCUUUAUUUUGUAAUAACAGAUAAUAAGGAUAAACCGUCACCUGCUGUUUGCUAGAUUUUCUUAAACUAGACCACAGACUGUAUAUAAGAUUAAUCUAUGCAGUCUGUGGUCUGCAUGUCUACUUUUUUUUGCAAAUUCCCUCUUUUGUUUUGUUUUUUUUGUCUUUUAGGGUGUUUGAAAGAGCUGAAAAUGUAGUAACUAUAUUAAUUUAAGAAGAUCAGCCACUCAGAUUUCAACAUUAACUCUGGGACAGAACAUACAAAACUCAUCAUACAAAGCAUAAACCAAAAGUUGUGACCAUAAAAAAAAAAUAUGUGAAGAGACAAAUCAACACUAUGGUGACUUCUUUUGGUUAUGUAUGCAGCACUGUCUUUUUUUUUCUCCCCACACUCUGAAUUGAAUUGAUUAGGCAUGAAUUGAUGGGACCUGCAUCACAUUUUGAAAGUCUGGACAAACUGGUGGUGAGCCCCUUGUGUGUGUCUUAUUUUUAUGGGACAAAAUGUUAUUGAUACCAAAGUUUUUAUUAAAAGAUUAUAACCUUAUUGUCCACUGAUAUUUUGUGUUGUGUGAGUUCACACUUUAGAAGCACUGCUUGUGGUUUAGAUAUAAAUUAGCGGACUCCACACCAACUGUUUCAAAAAGGAAUGUCAAAUGAAGUUUCAUUUCCUCCAUCUGUGAAUAAAACUCUUCUCAAGAUUCA